CCGACGAUCAUCGCUCAGCUUUUCGGUUGGUGGCUGAUGCGGACGGUCGCAUAAACGUCAAACGAAUACUCCCGAGCUGAGCUGUGGAUAGAAAAAUAUCUUUUGCCACAAAAUUUCCGAAUUUUCUCGCUUUAGGUGCAAUUUUUUCGAUUCGAAUAAAAUUGUGAACAGCUGGGCAGGAUGCUUCGUGCGCCGUUGACCAGGGCAAUUGCGGUUGGAUCGCGUUGCCCCACAACUCAAGUCGCCGUCCGUACUACGGCAACUACUCCGGCCAAAGCCCCGGAAAAAAUCGAAGUGUUUGUCGAUGAUGUCCCGGUGAUGGUCGAGCCGGGGACCACGGUGCUGCAGGCUGCUGCAGCGGUGGGUGUCGAAAUUCCGCGCUUUUGCUAUCAUGAGCGAUUGGCCGUGGCCGGAAACUGUCGCAUGUGCUUGGUAGAGGUGGAGAAAUCGCCGAAGCCGGUAGCCGCUUGCGCUAUGCCCGUCAUGAAGGGAUGGCGCAUCAAGACCAACUCGGAGAUGACCCGCAAGGCCCGUGAAGGUGUGAUGGAGUUUUUGUUGAUGAAUCAUCCUUUGGAUUGUCCGAUUUGCGACCAGGGGGGUGAGUGUGAUUUGCAAGAUCAGGCUAUGGCCUUCGGAUCGGACCGUUCGCGGUUCACCGAUAUCGACCAUAGCGGAAAGCGCGCCGUCGAAGAUAAAGAUAUUGGUCCGUUGGUUAAGACCAUUAUGACACGGUGCAUCCACUGCACAAGAUGUAUCCGAUUUGCCUCGGAGGUGGCCGGAGUUGACGAUUUGGGAACGACCGGUCGAGGCAACGACAUGCAGAUUGGAACGUAUGUCGAAAAGUUCUUCCUUUCGGAGUUGUCCGGAAAUGUGAUUGAUUUGUGUCCGGUUGGAGCUUUGACCAACAAACCGUACAGCUUCGUAGCUCGGCCAUGGGAAAUUCGCAAGGUAGAGUCCAUUGACGUGUUGGAUGCCGUUGGUAGCAACAUCAUUGUUAGCACUCGCACAGGAGAGGUUCUCCGCAUUUUGCCUCGUGAGAAUGAGGAAAUCAACGAGGAAUGGCUUUCGGACAAGUCUCGUUUUGCUUGUGAUGGAUUGAAGCGUCAACGUUUGAUUGCGCCAAUGUUGCGCAAUCCUAGUGGAGAGCUAGAAGCUGUCGAGUGGGAAUCGGCACUUAUUACGAUUGCUCAGGCCCUGCGCGGAGCUCCUAAGGGCAAAAUUGCGGCGGUUGCUGGUGGACUGGCCGACGCCGAAGCGUUGGUAGCCCUCAAGGAUCUGGUAAACCGUUUAGGAUCGGAGACGCUUUGCUCCGAGCAGAAGUUCCCAACUGAUGGUUCGGGUACUGAUUUCCGUUCCAGCUAUUUGCUAAACUCGUCGAUCGCCGCCUGUGAAGAAGCCGAUCUGGUACUGCUGGUCGGAACCAACCCUAGAUAUGAAGCACCCUUGUUGAACACCCGUCUGCGCAAGGGUUAUGUCCACAACGAGCAAAAUAUUGCGUUGAUUGGACCUAAGGUCAACCUGUCCUAUGAAUAUGAGCACCUUGGAAAUGAUCCCUCCCUUGUUCGAGACAUUGCCAGCGGCAAUCAUCCAUUUUCGAAGAAACUCAAGGCCGCUAAGAAACCGUUGAUCAUCGUCGGGGCCAACCAGCUGGCCCGUAAGGACGGUGCUUCUUUCGUAACCGCUUUGCACGUCUUUGCCAACUCGCUUCAGCCGGCUGAUCCCAACUGGAAGGUCUGGAACGUGCUGCAAACCAGUGCAGCUCAGACGGCGGCGCUCGAUGUUGGCUACACACCCGGCGUUGACUCCUUGUUGGCAUCCGAUCCCAAGGUUCUGUUCCUGCUCGGUGCCGACGCAGGAGCAAUCAAGAAGGAACAGCUCCCGAAGGAUUGCUUCGUCAUCUACCAGGGCCACCACGGCGAUGUAGGAGCACAGUUGGCUCAUGCCAUCCUUCCAGGUGCCGCAUACACCGAGAAGCAAGCCACCUACGUUAACACGGAAGGCCGAGCCCAGCAAACGUUGGUCGCUGUCACGCCGCCGGGCCUUGCCCGCGAGGAUUGGAAGAUUCUGCGUGCCCUGUCGGAAAUUGCCGGAGCUCCCCUGCCCUACGACACCCUGGAUGAACUGCGCUCCCGCUUGGAGGACAUUGCCCCACAUUUGGUGCGUUACGGACGUCUCGAGAAGGCUAACUUCUUCAAGGCCGCCGGGGAACUGCUGAGGAACGCCGCCGUACAUUUCGAUGGCAACAAGGUGGACGUCAGCCAGAAGCAGUUGGCGGACUUCUUUAUGACCGAUCCGAUUACGCGAGCCUCGCCCACAAUGGCGAAGUGUGUUACGGCAGCCAAGAAGCAGAGCGCCAAGGCCGCAAACUAAACAGCGGGUAGCACUUCUUUUUGUCAGUUAAUGUUGCACUUGAACUUUUAAUAAUAAUGUAGCAAACAUCUUUCUCGGCUAUGGUGCUGUUUUGUAUCGACGAAGCAUCCAAUUUCGGAAGCGCUGGACUGAUAACAUCGCUGGUAAGAAAUGGAAGAAAAAUGUAUAUUUUAUCCAACAUCCAAUACUAAUAUGUAACUGAUAUAAUGCACCAGAUUACAUAAGUUAAUAAAGAUUUAGAAGCCAAAAUAA